GAAAAAUCAGCUACGAGUUAGGCUUUAGAGAGUUAUCAGUGAAUAACUUUUUCGGUGUUUGCAAAUGUAAAUUUUGAUGAAAUGGAAUGAGUAAUUUUAUGAAGACUGUGCAGAAUUAUCACCGCAGGCGAUGUACGUGUAAGCCAGUUUUUGUAACCAGGUUAUCAAUAUUGAAGAGAUGACUCAUCCAAACUUCACAGAAAUAUCACUGACAUCGCUGUUCGCUAACAAAGGCCAAUUUUUCGACGUUUCUUCGUUUGUGUUGAAGCUCUUUUUUUCUGAUUAACGUAUUACCCGUUGGACGUUGGUGUAGUGUGCGAUUUUGCCAAUGAUGGAAAAGUUCAUUGUAUGUGUGGUGUUUACGCUCAGUUUAUUCAGCAGUUACUGUGCAAGACAAAUCAGGGAUAUGGCACCGGUGGCCAUUUCAUUCACCAGUCAGCUUGACGGUGUUCGACUUAAUUUACCAGCAAAUAGUAGAACUCCACUUGAAGUCAGUGACAUAGAAUAUUCGGUUCGUUUUCUCGUUUUUGAAGCUCAUACUCAAAAAUACAGUUUAAUAUUUUCAACUCAACCGGACCUGAAAGAGAGCGGGCAGUCGGCAAAUGGGAGUGAUGUGGGAUUGGUGUCAGUUUUAGGACAUUAUGAAUCACAUGUGAACAUGUGGUUAUACAAUAUAAAUUCGGAAAAGGUCACGGCGUUGGUCAAUAUUACUCCUUAUGAAAGUAGUGCUCCCAUUCCUGGCGGUUGUAACAUGGAAUUUCCAGCAGAAAUCUCCCCAUUUCUCCGAAUUUACUCAUCGUCAGUCGAUACAAAAAUUGAAUUUCAACAUGCACGGGUUACUUACACUCGUGAACAGCCUUUGUUAUCGUGUGAUCGCAGUAUGUUUCUGCUGUCUUAUAAUUUGUAUGUACAUUUUCUCCCGGAAAAUGACUUCAGUGAAAUGUCCUACCUGAAUGGAAUCCAGACCAUGAUAUCAGUAGCUAGCGUCAAGAAACAUGGAGUUAAAGUAACGACUUUCGACCAAAGUCCUAAAACACGAGUAACAUUACUCUCCUACCCAGGCCAAGGUGUGAUCUACAAUGUGCUUGUUAGUUAUAUAAGGGAUAACGAACUUUACGAAGCUGUAUAUGUGCCUGUAUCAACAUAUGGGUGUAGUUUUCAUUCUGAAGUGGACGGUUGUGGUCAGCUAACUGGAGAUUUGGCCAUGGUUUUAGCUAUCGUAAUGGCCAUCGUUGGAUUAUUUGUAUGUUUCCGAGGGCAUCGCUUCUUCAAAACAGAAAUGAUGUAUUUUGGCUUUCUUACUUUCGCGCUCCUAACUUUUGUUCUUCUGACGAGAUUCACUGAAAUUGGAAUUACAGGUCGCAACAUUCUUACAGUUAUUUUAGGUAUUUCGGGUGGACUUUUGUGGGUUGCCAUCUGGUGGAUGUUUGGUGUACCAGUGAUUUCUAUGUUAUUAGUCGGGCUUGUUCUUGGAUUUCUGUUAACAUCUGUGGUGUUUUUUACACCAGUGGGAAACAUGCAGGUUUUCAGAGACGAUUUUAGCUACUGGCUUAUAUUUUCAUGUGGAAUCUUGGUCAUCCCGAUAAUCUUUCUACUAUUCCCUAAACUGCUUAGUAUCGUCGGAUCGUCUAUAAUGGGAGGAUAUGCUUUCAUAGUCGUCAUUGAUCGAUACAUUGGGACGACAUUGUCGUACAUCAUCUUGAAUGUUGUCAAGCGUGCAGUUAGGGACGAUUUGUCAUAUGCUUUCAACAGUUACCUAUUUCAAACGAACGAUGUAAUUUUGUCCAUCACGUGGGGAUUUCUGGCAGUAUUUGGCAUAUGUUUCCAGCUCUACAUGGAAAAAGGAAGGUUACCCUUUCCUCCUGCACCCUACGCCACCUGGAGGCUAAAUCGACAUCUCGGACUGCAAGAACGGGGAUAUGAAAAUGCUAUAAUUGGACCAUUCCAACCAACUGCACCACCUGGUGAUAUGCUUGAUGGUACUCGUGCUCGUACCAGAAAUGAUGCUAACUCUCAUACUGAAAACACCGAAGAAGAACCUUUGCUGAGAGACACAGAACACUCACAAUCCGUGACUCAAUAUCGAAGUUGUAGCCGUUCUUAAAUUUAAAUGUAUAUCUAAUAAAGUGUAAAAUUUCCAUACACACACAUAUAUAUAUAUAUACCAAACUGUAUGGAUAUUGUUUGUUUUAACGUGUUGAAAUACUUAAAAAGAGCUUUAUCUGUACUUGUAGAUUCUAUAUUUUACUUGUUUAGAUUUAUAUUUAUUUGUUUGAUACGCUAUAUAUACUUAAACAAUCUAUAUACUUAUUAAUGGCUGGAGGCGGCUUGAAUGGGUAAUGAAGAAAAACUUUAAUAUAAGUUUAACAUACCAGCAAAUGUACAA